AUGGAAUCCCUGGUCUACGAGAACUCGCCGUUGGCAGAUUAUCUUGAAGGCGAAGGUGAACGCGACCAAGACUGGACACCGCAGGAAGUCAAUGCCAAUACCAUUACACCACAAAACUUCGCUCCAAAAGGAGUGCCGUCGUUACACAGUCGCACCCGAGAUAUAUUUGUGGAGAAGAAGAGUUCGCUCCAGGAGGCGGGAACUGGGGCUUUUGACCGAAUUCAUCGUGCAUGCUCCGCAGCAAUCAGUUCUCGCAUCGGCAAGCGAGAAAAUGACAGGUUUCUAGAGCAAUUCGGCUACGUGAUAAUUGCAUCCCAUUUGCUAGACGAGUAUAACGCUACAUCUCAUACGACGGCCGUUGCGAGGGACGCCGCGCAAUCGAAUGUUCCCGUGUAUGAGGCGGCAUCCUUCUCGACGACUGUCGGCCUGGGUGGAAGUAUCAUUACCGCAGCGACGUCGUUUUCCAUUGUCGGGUUAAUCCACUGGAGUCGGUCACGAACAGGUGCGGGCUUUAACCCGCGCAGGAUAGUAGUGCUGUUGAUUGUGUUGCCACUGGUUGGGGUCGUGUUCUAUGCAUUUGCCAGACGGCAGUGGCUGAAGUUCGUGAGGCAUCACGCACUACAUGGCGCGUCUGGGUUUAUCGAUAGCGCUCAAAGAUUCGACUCGUUGGUUUCAUCGUCAGUUCUUUUCAUACAGGAGGUGGAGCUGGUUUCACGGGGGUAUAGAAUAAGCACACCCUUGCCCCCAAUUAGUCGAUUAGAAGAAACAACCCAGGUACGGCGCUGCAUGAGACUGCGCCGCGCUGUCUCGGAGAGCCUAUCUAAUGUGCUGGAGAGGUAUAUUCAAGCACAACACACCAUUGGACUGCUCACAGAUCCCUCUAAUUUAGAAAAGUACUAUGAUAUUUACGAACUAUCCAUGGAAGAGCUGGCUGAGGCUCGUUCCGCAUCUUUUGAGGCCGCAGUAGAAGAUCAAUAUUCGCUGAAAUUUCUCCGUGUUUUAUUCAGCCGGCUGUAUACCGUGCGAAAGAGCAUCUUAUGCUGCUUGUUAGCAAUCAAGGCCGACGGACGCGGUAGCGAUAUUCCUCCGUGGACUUCUGCAGCUGAUGAAAUGCGACAGUUGGCUACAGUGACGGGCGAAGCUGCCAACAAGAUUGCAAAUAUUUUGAAUGAAAAAGACCGAACUGUUACUCCGUUAGCACCUUCACCAUCUGCAUCAACCGGACGCGACACUCUUCGAGCUCAGGCUAGACGCCUGAAUUCGCUAUCACAAGGCAUCCGCGCGCUUCAUGCAAAAAUGCACGUGAUGAGAGAAGAAUCAGACGAGAGCUUGACGCAGGACACGGGCGAGCCCGACAUUGACGCGUCCCUAAUGGCACAGUACGAAUCCAUUGGUGACGAUAUACGAGGCCUUCUACAGGAAUGGGAGGCGGGCAAAUCGGCGCUUCUCAACUCUCUGGAACAGCAGCAAUCAUCAUCGUCAUUGACAUUCAAUAGGUCUUCACGGGCAUCAUCGUCGUCGACAAACGAUUUAAAACUACCGCUGUCGCCAACGAGCAGCCUCGGUGGCGUUACAGCAGUAGACGGCAGUCCGUCUGCGGCAUUGAUGGCGUUGAAUGGCGAAACGCAGGCUCUCAACAACCUCGCAGUCGUUGAUGCUGAUGCAGAAGAGAUCUUCGAAGCAAUCGUCAUGCCAUCGUCCCGCAAACGACAGUCCCUAACGCGAGAGGAGCGGAUUGCGCGGGUCAAAGAGGACCGGGCGCGACAGGCAGCUGCGCGCGAGAAAUCGGACGCGAGCACGAAUAUGCUACGGGAGCUCGAAACCGUUAUUAAGCACCGGCCACGUUCAAGCAACAAGCCUCACCGAAUUACCAGCAUAUAA